AUGUCAACCACUAAAAUCGCCAUCAUCGGAGCAGGCCUCUCAGGCCUGACUCUUGCCCUCGCCCUCCACCAACAAGGCAUCGAGGCCGUCGCCUACGAGCAGCAAAGUGCACCCCUAGACAUUGGCGGCGCCAUCAUGCUGUCUCCCAACGCCCUUCGCAUUCUUGACAAGCUUGGCGUCUUUGAGCGCAUGGAACCUCGAAGCUACAAGUUUGAAGAGUCUUACUUCCUAUCUCAAGACAACAAGUCUGUCGAUGUCUUUGAGUUUGGAUCCGUUGCCAAGUAUGGAUACUCCGGUAUUCGGGUCUACCGCUUCGAGCUCAUCAACAUCCUUCUGGACUUGGUCCGUGAAGCCGGGAUCCAAGUUGUAUACGGCAAAAAGUUUGACCGCAUCGUCAGCGAGACUGAAGACAGUGUUACCUGGCUCUUCACAGAUGGCUCAGAGUCCACCGCCUCUCUCCUCGUCGGCGCAGACGGCAUCCACUCUCGAGUCCGAUCAUACCUUCAUCCUGACUUGCAGCCCAAGUUUACCAACAUGAUUGGUGUCACCGCUGCUGUGCCUACGGAGCAACUCAACAUGGAGAAGGACGAAUACAAGCUCCCAGCUACCUUCAUGCACAACAAGCGAGGAGCUUUUGUCAUUGCACCCCAGCUAGCUGAUGGCUCAGAGGUUCUCAUCGGCAAGCAGCGUAUCUUUGCAGGAGAGGACCCUGGCCGAGAUGCCUGGAAGGCCAUGACAUCUGACAAGACAUGGUGCAUCGAUUUUCUCCGCGAAGGCAGUGAGGAUUUUCCUCCUAUCGUCGCCAACGCCACCUCCAACAUCUCAACCGACAAAGUCAACCUCUGGCCCUUUUAUCUCCUCCCCAAGCUCAACAAGUGGGCAUCAACCGACAAGCACAGCCGAGUCAUAAUCCUCGGCGAUGCAGCCCACGCCAUCCCCCCCACCGCCGGGCAGGGUGUGAACCAGGCCUUUGAAGACGUCUACACCUUUGCUGGGAUCCUCGGGCAUCUGAAACAAGGGCUCGGUGGAGCGCUGGAGAGGUGGCAGAAGGGUCGGCAGGGGCGGAUUGACAGGGUGAUUGAGCUGAAUGGGGAGAUUAAUCAGAGGAGGUUGCCGAAGGAGGGGGGUGUGGAGAUGAAGCCUUUUGACCUUGAUUGGCUUUAUGCUGUUGAUUUGGAUGAGAUGGUGAAGGAGUUUGUUGGUGGGAGAUGA